AUGGAUAUGGUUCGUCUCACCCGGAAAGAACCAACAGCGCUGGCUCCUGUUAGGCGUAGUGGAAUUCGCCCUGGAGUUACUCAACAGGGCAGCGCUCCUGCUAGCUCCCAGAGAAGAGUGCUUAACCCGUUUCAACAGCAACGAGGAUCCUCAAACCCAGAACCUUGUCAGUGCUUCCGCUGCGGCCAAAUAGGACAUAUCUCAUGGCAGUGUGACAAGCUGGACGAGCCCAUGCCCACAGCUGCGUCCUCCAGCAGUCUACAAGCAAACUUUGCUGCUCUCCUUGGGGAAAGUGCGGACUGCAGACCGACCUGCCCCGUAACUGUGGAUCGUCGGGAUGUAGAACCCUUGCUCAAUUCGGGAAGUGCCAGAGUAUUACAGAGGUUCUUUUGGCCAGGUAUUCACAGGGUGGUAGAGAAUUUCUGUCGCAGUUGCCCCGAGUGCCAGGUCACUGCUCCAAAACCAAGAUACAGGAGUCCUCUCAUUCCUUUACCCAUUAUAGAGACACCUUUUGAAAAGGUGGGGCUGGAUAUUGUAGGGCCACUACCCAAGAGUGCUCAAGGCCAUCAGUACAUCCUUGUCCUGAUGGACUACGCAACCAGGUAUCUAGAAGCCAUUCCCCUUAGAAAAGCUAAUGCUAAGCAAAUAGCAUAUGAGCUAUUCCUCUUCAGCACUAGGGGGACUGCUAGACAUCGCCAAAGAGAGAUGUUGCCAUCCACCCGGCAUCCACAAGGUGGAUGCCGGGAGAACUGCAUCUCCCAGAAGGCACGGCUGGGGGAGGUGCCAAUCCCUCAGCCCUCAUUCAAGCUGGGGCUCAAGUGUGGGAGCGAGAGGAGAGAACAAAGGAGUGGAGACAAGCACCAAGCAGGCAGCAAGAGACGUGGAGGAAAAUACUUUGGAAAGGAUCCCCCUGACAAGCAAAUAUACUAUGCACUUCGACUGUUCCUGAAGCUCACCAUUUCACUGGGAUCACUAUUGAUCCUCUUCCUACUAACUCGCAGUAAUCCAGGCUGGAAUCCCAGCUCCGUUCUCAGGUACAGCUGGUUGGAGUAUACAGACUCUGAUGACAGCCCAGAGAAAGUGUACAACUGCUCAGGUAUCCUGCAGGGAGAGAGGGAGGCACUGGAGAAGGCCAAAUUACUGACCAUCACCAAAGACUUCCACAAGAGUGUUCACAUCCCUGAUGAACAUUACAUGAAUGCAACCGAAGACUGCAGUGCAUUCAAAUUAAGAAGAAAAUACUUAACAUCUCCGUUGAGCCAGGAAGAAGAGGACUUCCCCCUGGCAUACUCUAUGGUUGUGCAUCAUAAGGUGCAGAGCUUUGAGCGACUCCUUCGAGCCAUCUACGCACCUCAAAAUAUAUAUUGUGUCCAUGUGGACAAAAAGGCAAAAUCCUCAGUCUUAUUUGCCAUCUGGGCAAUUACUGCCUGCUUUCCAAACAUCUUCUUGGUCACUCAGCCUGUUGAUGUGGUCUAUGCGGCCUGGCCACGUGUCCAGGCUGACCUUAACUGUAUGGAGGAUCUCUAUAACACCAGUACAAAAUGGAAAUACUUCAUCAACUGCCAAGAUUUCCCUCUGAAAACCAACUUGGAGAUUGUAAGGACACUGCGUUCACUGAGUGGCGGGAACAGCUUAGAGUCAGAAAAAAUGCCUGCAGGAAAAGUGUGGAGAGUGACAAAUGCACACAAAAUAAUAGAUGGAGGAAUCCAGGGUACAGGAAAGGUAAAGGAGCCUCCUCCCUUCAACAUGCCCAUAAUGUCUGGAAAUGCCUACAUUGUGGUUAGCCGGGGCUUCAUCCGCAGUGUGUUGGAGGACAGCCGAGUGCUGGCACUGAUGGAGUGGGGCAAAGACACCUACAGUCCUGAUGAAUUUCUUUGGGCAACCAUUCAGCGAAUGCCUGAAGUUCCUGGCUCAACUUGGCCCCACACCAAAUAUGACAUGUCAGACGUCAAUGCCAUCGCUCGCCUGGUGAGGUGGCAGGGGCACGAGGGGUCGCAGGAUUCACCGCACUCGGUGUACCCAGAUUGUCACGGCAGCCACGUUAGGACAAUAUGCGUAAAUGGUGCUGGGGACUUAAAGUGGAUGCUCAAGCAGCAUCAUCUCUUUGCCAACAAGUUUGACAUAGACACAGACCCCGUUGCUGUCUACUGUUUGGAGAAAUAUUUAAGAAAAAGGGCACUGUCUGAGAUAAAAUAG